AAUCGUGGCCUCUCUAGGAAGGUCUAGAACAUUAGCGGCCAUUUACAGUCAUCACUAUAUUUGUUCGUUCCUCAUCUUCCAUUUUCAUUCAGAGAACUCUUGAGCGGUGUUUCGGUGCCUUAUCAUCUUACUAUUUCAAACCCUAAAUCUCUUCCCGCCGGAAUGGAUGAUGAAGAAUCAGCAUAUACAGUCGCAUCCGACAGCGAUACCACCGGAGAAGAAAAACCAACAAAUCCUUUCCCAGAAAUCGCGAUCGGAAUCGACAUAGGUACUUCCAAAUGCAGUAUGGCCAUUUGGAAUGGAACCCAAGUACAACUCAUCACAAACGCGAGAAAUCAGACCGCGAUGCAAUCGUACGUUACGUUCAAAGACGACGUGCCUGCAACCGGAGUAACCAAUCAACCUGCUCACGAACAAGAACUCUUAACAGGCUCCGCCGUAUUCAAUGUCAAGCGCUUAAUUGGUCGAGUAGACACCGACCCAAUCAUCCACGCCAGCAAGAAUCUCCCAUUUCUAGUUCAAACCCUCGAUAUCGGCGUUCGUCCCUUCAUCGCAGCCUUAGUCAAUAACAAAGUCUGGCGAUCGACCACCCCAGAAGAAGUUCUCGCCAUUUACUUGGUUGAAUUAAGAGCUCUAGCCGAAACUCAACUAAAACGACCCAUAAGAACCGUAGUAAUAACAGUCCCAGUCUCCUUCAGCCGUUUCCAGCUCACCAGAAUUGAACGUGUUAGCGCCAUGGCCGGUCUCCACGUCCUAAGACUCAUCCCCGAACCAACCGCAAUAGCUCUACUCUACGCCCAACAUCAACAGAAGAAUCUGAACGAAAAUACAAGCAGUGGAAACGAGAAAGUGGCGGUUAUAUUCAAUAUGGGCGCAGGUUAUUGCGACGUGGCGGUAACCAUAACCGCAGGAGGAAUCUCGCAUAUAAAAGCCCUUGCCGGAAUCCCCACAGGAGGUGAAGACAUAGUACUCAACCUCAUUCGUUAUAUCUCAAGCCAUGGCGGUAACGGUUUGCUAAGAGUGGCGUCGCUUAACGCGAUACACGACCUCUCGUUUCGAACGACCACGGAGAUAAACGUCGAUUUAGGAAACGGGGUCAAGAUUUCGAAGGUUAUUAGCCGGGACGAAUUCGAGGAAGUUAACCGAGACGUAUUUUCUAAAUGCGAGGCGGUUGUGAAAAAGUGUUUGUACGAUGCGAAAUUACAAGUUGAGGAUAUAAACGAUUUGAUCAUGGUCGGAGGAUGUUCGAACAUUCCUAUGAUAAGGAAAAUCGUGAUGGGGAUAUGUAAGAAGGAAGAACUUUACACGGGUAUCAUAAAUCCAUUGGAGGCUGCAGUUAUUGGCGCGGCGUUGGAAGGGGCGGUUGCGUCGGGGAUUAGCGACCCUUUUGGGAGUUUAGAUCUGUUGACAAUUCAAGCUACCCCGAUGAGCAUUGGCAUUCGAGCAGACGGUAAGAAAUUCAUUCCGAUUAUACGCAGAAACACGACGAUGCCUGCACGGAGGGAGAUGGUUUUCACGACAGUGAAUGAUAACCAAACGGAAGCCCUGAUCGUGGUUUAUGAAGGGGAUGAAGAGUUGUUGGAUAAGAACCAUUUGUUGGGGUAUUUUAAGGUGGUGGGAAUACCUUCUGCUCCUAAAGGUGUUCCUGAAGUUGAGGUUUGUUUGGAUAUUGAUUCCUCGAAUGUUUUAAGGGUUUUUGCUGGGGUUAUGGAAAUAGGGACUAGACAAAGGGCUGGUGCGGUUAUGGAAGUAAGGAUGCCUAAUGUUGAUGAUGGCCAUGGAUGGUGUUCUCAAGCUCUUAACACAAGUUAUGGAACUUGUUUGGACUUGAUUACAGUUCAGCAGAAAAUGGUACAACCUUAAACCAACCUUGUAUGGGUGUGAGUUGAUGAAUCUUGUUUUUCAAAUAAAAUCUUGUUGUUUCAUUUCA